AUGGCUGCAUUAAAUGCUCUGAUGCAAGUCGCAACUACUACAUCUCACGGCCUGCUAGCCAUCAAGUGGGUUCUGGCUGGGGAUGAAGCUGGGUUUCCCUUGGUUGCAAGCCUGUCUCUUGUGGCAAUCAACACAGAGCUCUUGGUAAGGGUAGCGGCUGUGGUACACAUGAGAAGCAUCCUGGCACACCUGGCAACAAGUAGAGACUAUCGCAUUGACUUCGGAGACAUUGGCAGCCUGAUGGGGACGCCGUUUGGUCUGGUAUGCAUAGCCUGGAAUGUCACAGUUGCGCUUGUUUUGCUUGUGUGUACGUUGGAGCGUGUUUCGGAGCUGUGGAGAUUGCUCCCAUGGGUUGCAACUGCAGUAGGGAGCCUGCUUUGGGCCAACACUACUUUCAAAGGGAUCGGCGCAUCAACAUGGAAGGACAUGGAGGUCGUAGCAACAACAUCCACCCCAGUAGCAACUGUGUCUGAGUUCUUGGCACUAGUGAACGAGGAAGAUGCUAUGUCGGUCGUGGAAGAUUUUUGUGAGGAGCGCUCGAACUGGUGGUGUAGACUCGUAGCAACCUUGGGUACAGCACGCAGGCUGAGCUUGGAGGACAGGCUUCUUGAAAGACAUUGGAUGGCAGUGCUUUUUGCUGCAUUUCCAGAGCAUCCGAAGAUGCGAGUGCUUCACACCAUGUCCUUUGCCUUCUUCAAGAUGCUACCCUUUGUGAUGCCUGCCUUGCUCGUGGUCUACAGCCUGUCAAGAAUGCCACAGAUUGCGGCCCUUGAAGUCCUUGGUUGUGUGGUUUCGCCUGCCUUCGUCCCAGCCUCCUCAGAGUAUUUCCUUUCGCUGGAGCCUGGAUGGAACGCAGAGCUCAGUCUGAAGUUUGAGAUGGAGGUGGGUCAAGCAUCAAGGGUGCGCUUUUGCUGCAGCGGGCGCUGUACAACCCUUGACUCCACAAGACGCAAGCAUUCGGAGGACUUGCUCAUGACCGCGCAAGUUCCCAAUAGUGACUUUGGUGCCUGCUCCUUGAGUCUGCAUGGACUUCGCACUCGCGAGUAUGCUUUCACAGUGGUGGCACUGCAAGGUGUACAAGGCUCUGCAUCUUUCGGCAACCACACCACAUCCUUUCCCACCUAUGCGAUCAAAGAUCGCAACUACGAGGUGGAGCACUCAGGGCAGUGGUGUGGGGCUAGCACAGAACUAGAAGGCUGCCGCCCGGUGGAGGUUUUCUCCGAGGGUGCAGGCAUCUAUGCUGUUCAGGAGGGGCAGCUGGGUGGCGGAACAUACAGCUUGACCCUGACCUUGCGGCCAAAGCCCUCGAAGCAUGUCUUUGGCCUGGACCACUUGAACUGUUCCUACACUUUUCAGGUGCGUGUCGUCAACCGGGAGGUGAGGCUAGCGCAGCUUGCUCAAGACGUUGCGGAGCGUCGUGCUACCGUGGAUGCUCUCGAAGGCUUUGAUCAAGGAGGCGAUGCUGAGGCGGCCCAGCAGAGAUACCAAAAAGCCUUGCGAGAGCGGGACAGCUUGCUGAAGGACGUCUACAAGGCCAAGCAGGCUGAGCCCAUAGGCGGAAGGGGUACAGUGACCUUCCUCGCUGUUGGUCUGACGGGAACCGGCAAAUCGGAGCUCUGCCAUUGGAUGACGGGAAACAAAACGGCAUGCUCGCCGAGUGCCACCAUGCAAUCACACACCAGCACGGUGACCUUCCUGAAGACAAAUCCCUUCAACGAUUCCCACAUUUUGACAGAAUUGGAGUGGAUUGAUACACCAGGCAGAGGGGAUACAAGGGGCGAAGCGACAGAUGAGAAGAUGUGGAACCAGACCAUAGACGAGAUACUUCGUAAAAGCCAGGACCAGCGGAUUGAUCGCAUUGUCUGGGUGGUGAAUGCUGCUUGGCAGCGCGGCGUGGCUAUGCGGGAGAUGAUGCUCAAGGAGUUACGCCGUUCUUUCGGAUAUCACUUGUAUAAACAUUUGGACAUUGUGUUCAACUUUCUGCCGCACAUACCAAACAAGACUGAGUAUCGAGAGGAGGUUCUGAUUCCUCAGAGGGAGAAGUUCACAAAUUGGAUCAUGGAGCAGGAGGACAAGCUUUUCAAUUGGUCGCCAAAGCUCCGAAAAGAAGUUUCAGCCGAAGUGAACUGUACUGGCUUCUUCGGAGUCAGCAUUGAUCCAGCCUACUUGGCGGACCGCCCGGCAGAGUUGCCUUUGUCAGCACCAUACCUUGGCUGGUUCACACCCUUUUCGUACCCCGCUGGCAUGGACGAGCUCAUGAGAAUGUUCAAGAAGUCGGCUAGUGAUGAUGGCGCUGGACUGCUUCUGGCUGACAAGCACCCACGAACUGGCCCAGGCAUCUUGCAAAAAGCCAGCCUGGUGGCUUAUGUCUGUGGGCUGCGUCCUGAUGAGAAGGAGCAGGCCUUGCUGAAGUCGGGUAUCGUGGCCGUUCACAUGCAGGUUGAAGGCGAGCACCUCGACUCGGGUGAUGGCGUUAUUAUGAUGCCGAGCACGACUUCCUGUGGAGAUCCAGGUGUGAGUGACUGGCCAGAGAUGCUUGCCAGUGUUGGGCAACAACGUGAGCACAACGACACACAUGCACUAUACCGUGUGCCUUGGCGGCCAUCACGCACACAGUUCUGCUUCUGUGAGGCACCAGCUUGCAAUCAGUCCUGGCGCUUCGGGCAGUCUGCACCCGAAAGACAGAUUCGGCCAUCGGAGGAAAAGUGUCCAAAUCCCAUUGGGUACAAAAAGUUGGAUCGGGAUCUAUCCUAUGCAGGGCUUGUUGCUGUUGGUGACCUCAUUGUCGCCCCACCAGACGAAGCAGAUGCUAUCAUGCUGCUGAACGCCACAAGCGGACAAGUACAAAAAGUGGCCGUGAACCAGAGCUUAAAUCGGACACGACCUGCGAAAGCAGGAUCGGAUUUGAACGGAGACGAAGAUUCGGAGAUGACGACGACGACUGCGAUCCCCGGCUUGGUUGGCAAUGAUGCCCAAUGGUGUGGUGUAGCCACAGACGGCAGACAUGUAUAUGCAGCUCCUUGGAAUGUCAUGGAUAUCCUUGUGUUCAAUGUGGCCACAAGAUCCAGCUAUGGAAUACCACUUGAUGAUCACAUCGAUGCUAACGACAGGUUCAUCGACAUAGCAGUAGGCGACAACAAGUUGUACUUGCUGCCUGGGCGUGGACGAAUACGUUUAGCCGUUGUUGACUUGGGAAGCAAGGAUGUACAGCUGAAGGACCUUUCCAAUUACAGCGGUGGUCAGCAGGAGGCUGACUCGCCCUGGCUCGGAGCAGUUAUUGACAGUGGCAAGCUAUUCCUGAUCCCGCACAGCUCACCGAACCUAGUAGUCAUGGACACCAAAUCUGAAAAGAUCAUCAAAGUUGACGCUUCCGAUAAGGCGAUUGAGGGUUUCGGUUCUCUGGGGCUAUAUCUAUGGGCUGGUUGCGUGCAAGCAGAGGGCUAUGUGUAUGCCGUUCCGCAUGAUGCAGAGAGGAUUCUGGUGGUGGAUGUGAAGCGGCCUCAGGAGCUUGAGGCUGUAAGCACCACCAGCGUGGAAAAGUCGUCGGGGAAGUGGUGGGGAGCCGCAGUGAGCGACCACUACUUUGUAGCAGCUCCGCGGAAUGCUUUAGAAGUGCUUGUCAUGGACUUGCACACCAGGCAUGUCUACGGAGUAGCAAAUGUUGAGGGAUCUGACAGCUCUGAUAAAUGGAGGAAUCCGGCGGUGGUUGCGCACAAAUUCUUUGCCAGCCCAAUAUCAUCAAACUCCAUAUUGGAGAUCGAUUUCACAAACCACACUCACGAGGUUGACCGACUGGAGUAG